AUGUCAUUUAGCGAACGAAAGAUUGAUGUCGCGGUGAUCGGAGUUGGCCUCAUUGGCCCUCGUCACUGCAGAACUGUGAAAGAAAGCAACGAGGCCAGACUCGUGGCCAUUGUUGAUCUUCAACCGAGCACUGCGAAGGUCGCCGAAGAGUUCGGAGCUGCCCAUUAUACUUCGGUACAAGAUCUGAUAAGGUCUUCCGAUAAGCCCGACGCUGCCAUUAUCUGCACUCCCAACCACACACAUGCGUCUCUGGCUAAAGAGUUGGCCGCUGCCGGAAUUCACGUUCUCAUCGAGAAGCCUGUGUCUGUGGACAUUUCAAGUGGAAGAGAACUCGUUGAGAUCUUGAAUCAGUCCGGUGUUAAAGCGCUUGUUGGUCACCAUAGGAGAUUCAAUCCCUAUGUCAUCGCGGCGAAGGAAGCGAUCAGUUCUGGCUCACUUGGAGACAUCACUGCUAUCAGUGGAAUGUGGACCACAUAUAAACCCGAGGAUUAUUUCGACGUGCCGGCGGCCUGGCGACGUGGAAAGUCUGGCGGUGUGGUUUUGAUCAACCUUAUCCACGAAGUUGACAUCCUCCAUCACCUUUUCGGACCCAUCACGCGUGUUCAUGCCGAAAGCACAAAGUCAGGACGUGGGUAUGAAGCGGAAGAAGGAGCCGCUAUUGUCUUUAGGUUCCGCUCGGGCGUGGUCGGAACAUUCGUGAUCUCGGACAAUGUGCCGUCCCCGCACAACUUCGAGUCCGGGACAGGCGAGAAUCCUUUAAUUCCCAAAGCGGGAGCGGACUUUUAUCGUAUCUUUGGAACCGGUGCAUCUUUAAGUGUUCCCGAUAUGACCAAGUGGAGCUACGAUGGCGCCCCGGAAUCACUUGAGGUCACACCUGCUGUUCCGUUUGAGAAGCAGUUCAGCCAUUUUGUUCGAGUCAUUCAUGGCGAAGAGGAUCCGAGCUGUUCGGCAGGAGCCGGUCUUGCGGCCUUGAUGGUUUGUGAGGCUGUAAGGGAGUCUUUGCAAACAGGUCAGACUGUUGAGAUCAAAGAUGAUAACUUUUGA